AACAUUACAGAGCAGAUUGAGGGAUUUCAUUCAAUGCCAAACCUUUAAAUGACAUGUUAAAAUGAAAUAAUAUGCAUUACGGCCACAAAUAAGACUUAUACACAAAGAGACCGAAAAGAAAGAGCAACAGCGACAGCAUCGCAGACAAAGGCUGGAACCUGUGUAUAGACACCUUGUCUAUCUGCCCAUCUGUGGUUCUGUGGAGAAGCUGACCUCUUUCCUUCAAGAUAUACAGUCUACAACCGACCUUCACCUCGUCCCCUGCCACGUGAUCUAAGUGGACAGAUGAUAUUGCCACCUCAUAAAACUGUUGCCACAAAGACAGCGAGGAGGAAGUAGACUGGUGCCAAACUGUGCCUCAUAAGUCUCUGAUGCUGGGUAGUGAGAGGUCAGCUGUUUGAGAUAUGCCCUCACCCCCUAAUGAUGGAGACGAUCAAGGAACGUCCCCCAUGAACAUGCCACUGACACUGUCCAAUCAGAAUGGAGUAAAGAGGAAGGUUCACACCAAGAAGAAAAAGAAGGGUUUCAUCACAGCCAAUGUUGCAGGAACAAAAUAUGAGAUUGUUCGUAUUGUCGUUGAGGAGAUGAACUUUCAUAAAGCCAGAGAUGAUGAUGAGAUGGCCAAUCUCAUCUGGAACGACUCUGCUGUGCAACAUGAGAAAAUCGCUGAGCUCAGGAACUAUCAGAGGAUAAACCAUUUCCCAGGAAUGGGUGAGAUCUGUCGGAAAGACUGCUUGGGAAGAAACAUGUCCAAAAUGAUUAAAAGUCAGCCUCAGGAAUAUAGCUUCAUCCCCAAAACCUGGAUCUUCCCAGCCGAGUGCACGCAGUUCCAGAACUAUGUAAAGGAGCUGAAACGAAAACGCAAGCAGAAAACGUUCAUUGUUAAGCCUGCAAAUGGGGCCAUGGGCCAUGGGAUAUCUCUGAUUCGGAAUUGUGAAAAGCUCCCGGUGCAGGAACACUUCAUUGUGCAGGAAUACUUAGACAAGCCCUUCCUCAUGGAGGGUUACAAGUUUGACCUGAGAUUCUACAUUCUUGUUACUUCCUGUGAUCCGCUACGUGUCUUCCUCUACAACGAUGGCCUGGUGCGAAUGGGUACAGAGAAAUACCACAUGCCAAACGAGUCAAACCUGAACCAGCUGUACAUGCACUUGACCAACUACUCCGUAAACAAACACAACGAGAACUUUGAGCGAGAUGAAACGGUGGACAAAGGCAGCAAGCGCUCUAUUGGUUGGUUCACAGAGUUCCUUCGAACCAACGAUUACGACGUGGCCAAAUUCUGGGGCGAUGUAUCAGAGCUGGUGGUAAAGACCCUGAUAGUGGCUGAGCCACAUGUGCUCCAUGCCUACCGAAUGUGCCGCCCGGGCCAGCCACCAGGGAGCGCCAGCGUCUGCUUUGAAGUGCUGGGUUUUGACAUAAUCCUUGACCGCAAGCUCAAGCCCUGGCUGCUAGAGAUCAAUCGUGCGCCGAGUUUUGGGACAGAUCAAAAGAUUGAUUACGACAUGAAGAAGGGGGUUUUGCUCAACGCCCUGAAACUGCUCAACAUCAGAGCCAGUGAUAAACGACGGAAUUUAGCCCAGCAGAAGGCGGAAGCCCAGCGACGACUGUACGGACAGGGAUCAGUGCGGAAAUUGACGGCCGGAUCAUCAGAAUGGGAGAAACAACGUCACCUACUAGAGCGCAGGAGAGAAGAGCUGAAAGAAAGACUGGCCCAAGUCCGCAAGCAGGUCUCCAGGGAUGAGCACGAAAAACGGCACCUGGGGAACUACAGAUGUAUUUACCCCCCAGAUGACAAGCUGCUCUUGGAGAAAUAUGAGAGUCUCCUUUCAGCUGCCUUUCAGACAUUCCUCGCUGGGCGAGCAGCUUCACUUCAAAAGGAAAUUAAUAAUCCACUGAAACGAAUGAAGGAGGAAGAUAUCCUAGACCUCCUGGAGCAGUGUGAACUGGAUGAUGAGAAACUGAUGGGAAAAAACUCCAAACAGAAAGGACCUAAGGUCCUGUCAUCCAUGCCUGAGAGCAGCCCAACACCCCGAGGGCACAGGGACCCUGAAGACUCCUCGCCCAGUUGCAGCGACAGCAGCUCUGGUUCCGACGCUGAUGGAGAAGAUGAGAGCAGCAGCAUCAUGCAAGAGAAACUCAAUCGCCCCGAACGCUCCAGUCGUGUUCACUGGAAACCUGCCCCUAAACCAAUGCGAGGUCCUUCCUCCUCGCCCAAUCUUUCCGGGCUCAUCCGCCGCUCCAUGUCCUGUCCGCGCUCCAUAUCCUCUCUGACUGCGCAAUCACCUACCAGUGAGACCAGGCGGCCAAAAACAGCCACUCACAUGCCUAAUGCAUCGCCUGCGACAGCUCAAACUGCAGCCACCAUGAUGCAGAUGACCUCGAUUCGACCCCACACAGCAUGUCGCUCCCAUUCGCUCAGUAGAAACAGUUCUACAAACAGAGUUCCACACAGCAGCAGUCUAGGUGCCAUUCAUCCCAAUACGAUUCUGAACAACUGGAAAUACCAUAAACCAAAAGUGGCGUCUUACUGGCUGGUGAAGUUAGAUGCCACCAAACAAAGGAAGGUUUUGGAUAUUGUUCGUACCAACAUCCACUGGAUGCUGCAGAGGAUUUGGAGUGAACCGGAUGUGGAGAGUUUACGUCUUUUUUGCCUUUUGAACCGCGUGUUUAACCGUCUGCUCUGGAGUCAUGGUCAGGGGCUCUGGAACUGUCUCUCCAGCUCUGGGUCAUCAUGGGAGAGUGUUUUCAGUAAGAGCAGUGAGGUGGUGACCGCGCAGGAGCUGAGGUGCUGCCAGCGUGUCGUCCAGUUGUGUAGAGACUGCCUGCUUGUAGUCUACAAGUUUGUGGCUGACUCCCGUGGUUCGCUCAGUGGACUUAGCCCAGACUGGGACGACACAAGGUAUCUGCUGCCAGUCACCUCCCAGUUCAUCAUCAAGUGGCCGUCAUCUAGCUUCGGCCGCUCGACAUCCUCCACUCGCCCCCGAAGCAUCUUUACCGCACGGAUGGGUCACUUCUGAUGGCCACUGGACUCCGACACCUGCUGGGGGAGACCAUAUCCAGACUUUAGAUAUCCAGACCUGAGGGCAUAACGUCUGAGACCUUCACAAACUCCAGCAGCAUAUUUAAGGGGAUUUGCCCGUCUGCAUUGUUAAUGCAUCAGAUGCAUAUGAUCGAGCAGUCCCUGCCUCCUGUUCGCUGUAAAAUAUCUGCUGCAUUGCUAUCUCCUUUAGAAUGCUUGUAAAGAUGAAGAACAUGAAUUUAUUUUCAAGACUGUACAUUUUAUUCAAUGGAUUCCAGUGAAUGUUUUAGUGUCAUGGAAAAAGAAAAAGGUCAUGUUCAAGUUCUUUUCUUUUUAACCAUGGUGUAAUUUCCUUUUCACAGUUUUUCCCUAAAUCAUUUUAUCGAUUAAUAUACGUGAUGUCACUUUCUUAAUAGUAACUUUAUAUUUUAGCUCAUUUAGUCUAUUUUAAAUUCUUCUCAGAAUUAAAAUUGUAACAAUAUGGGGUCGUUCACACAGGAUCUCGACAGAUUGAACAGCUUUUAACUUUUCAAGGCACCUGAAAACAUUCAUAUCGUGAGGGGGAAAAAAAGUGUGGCAACAACCAGAGAUUUGUAUUCCAGUGUGGGUGACCUUGUGUAUGUUUCAUUUGAUUGACAAAUCAGUUUGAAUUAUUCAUAAAAAAAAGGAAUUAUAAUAAUAAUAAAAAACAAACAAACAGGUAACACUUUACUUAAAGCCUUUAUGUAUAACGCAUUGUAAAGUUAUUCAUUAUGUGUUCUCUAUUGCAUUAUAUCUUUUCAUAAA